UUUAACAAAUCCAUACUUGGAAGGAGAGGAAAAAAGAAGAGAAGAAUCUUAUUCUUAUUUAAAAAUUGAGGAAGCUGUGCAUGGCAAUGGCGGCAAUGGCGGAAAUGGAAAUGGAAACUAAUUGAUUAAUUCAAUUUCAUGUCAAGCACGUUCAAAGCGGUGCCCAACCAUCUCAGAAACACGACCAACAACAAGCGCCUUCAAGAAUUUGGACUUGCCAGAUGAACGAACGCACCAUUUUUCAAUUCCAAACGCCAAUCAUGGCGUAUCUAGAAUUUGAUUCCAUUCCCUGUACGACUUAUAAGUACCUUGUUUUUCUUCCACCCACCACGGGAAGAAAAUGGCGAGGAAACACGCCAGAUUGCAGAGGGUGAGAGUUUCUCGAUCGCCGGCCUGUUUCCAGGUCUGUUUCCGGCAGAUUCCAGCCAGACCCGCCGCUAAUUCCAUUGGGAGUUUUCAGAGGGCGGAGCUUUUAGGGCAUUCCGCGGAUGAGCACAGUGCAGAUAGUGCGAAAUAUGUGGCCGAGAUUGGUAAUAGAAUAAUGGUUGUGGUUGAUUCUAGUUUUGAGGGUAAAGGAGCUCUUGAAUGGGCCUUGUCUCAUGCGGUUCAGAGUCGGGAUUCUAUCGUUCUUCUUCACGUUUCCAAGCCUUCAAAACAAGGUUUGGUGUUCGAUGAAAAGCUUGACAUGAAGGCGUACGAGCUUCUUCUGUCUAUGAAGAAUAUGUGCCAAAUGAGAAGGCCAGGAGUUCAAGUAGAGAUGGAAUUUCUACAGGGGAAGGAGAUGGGUCGUGUGAUUGUGGAAGAAGCAAAGAAACAGAGAGUGUCUCUGCUGGUUCUUGGGCAAAGAAAGCAAUCUCCAUUCUGGUCUCUGGUAAAGAAAUUCAGCACAAGCAAGAGGAGGAAUCAUGGUGGGAUUGUGGAUUACUGUAUCCAAAACUCAUCAUGCCCGACCAUCGCGGUGAGGAGGAAAAGCAAGAAACUUGGAGGAUAUUUGAUCACCACAAAAAGUCACAAGAAUUUCUGGCUUUUGGCUUGAAUCCGUGUUAGAAUUUCUUCUUUCAGCUGCCAUUGUUGUUGUUGCAGAGGCAAACAAGAUGGAAAUCGUGAUGCUUCUGAUACUGUGAGUCUUAUUUGGCCUCACUUUUUGCUUCCUCUCUGAAGAUGAUUGGCUGUAUUACUCUAAAAUAGAAAACCAUGAAAACAAAAUGGUGUAAAAAUUUGUAAAUGGAUCUUCAGUUUCAAUUUCCUUCUUGUUAAUGGAUCCAAGCUAGAAGUAGAAGAUCAUCAUACAUUUGGGAGUGAGCUCUUCAUGUUCUUCCAUGGCAACCGAGAUUAGUUUAAAGAAUAGAGUUAGAUUCUGGGAUUAUAAUGAACAAACUAUGGCAUGAAAUCAGCUUCUCUGUGUCUGUAAAUCAGAAUGAACACAUCUUAGCUGAAGACUGACUGGUUGGAAAAAAGCAGCUGGAUUCCGACAUGUAGUGAUAGAACAGCCUAAGUUAAUCCCAGUUUGUGCCCCUCAUAUCAGACACUUCUGGUCUGUAGUUAAGGCUCUGAAAAUGGAAUCAUCCCCUUCCCCACCUCAAAAUUUAGCUGGAAAAGACUCAUUCUACUAUUUUGCUUGGGGGGCUGUUUGGCUACAGUAUUUCCCUAUCCCUUCUGAAGUUGGAAUUGUAAACCAUCCCAAGUUGGGCUGCUUUUAAGAGCUUGUCUUGGCUCAGUUGGUUCUGGUUUAGAGACAAUUGUUUCCAGAAACCAAACAGGAAGCUAAGGUUUAAUGGACAUCAUACACUAAAUGUUCUGUCGGCGCAGGGCUUGGUUUUUUAUUCACACCAGUAACUUUUUUUUCUUUUUUUUUUUUCAGUGGCUGAUAAAAGUUGCCUUAAAAAUUUUUAAUUCUCUAUUUUUUCCUAGUUGGGUGUAACAAAAGU